CCAUUGGCCUGAGAUGAUGUCAUGCACAACAGAGACAAUAGAGCCCACCUCCUUGCAAACACACACACACACACACACACAUUGCAGCUGACUGUCACACACUCACUUAUCGAAGCAAGCCGAUUUUUUAAAACUCAUUUGCUCAUGCAAAUUGGAUCUUUUUUGUAAUUUAUUUAAAGCGUGUUGUUCUUUUUGAAGCCCCAAUGACCGCGCGAGCCGGCGGACUGGCUCGGUGUCACACACAUCUGGAUCAGACCGGAACCAUCGACACCAGCACAGGCAUGACGGCGAGUGGUGACGCUGCAUGUAAAUGAUGAAUACACUCCACGACUGCCUCUCUUGAUGCUAAGCAGAAAAAGGGGAGGAAAAAAAACAAAAGAUGAGGAUACCGUCACCGGGCUGUGUGUAUGGACGUAAGCAUGGGGAUACCGGAGCUGGGUUUGCCUUCUCUUUGGCUUCACUUAAACCCAGAUGCCUCCUCUUCCUCUCGACGAGCGCAUAGUGGUCAUCCAGCGGCCUAAAAACUUAUCCUUGUGUGAGGCUUCCCCUCAAGCCAUCCCACAUCACUCGUCUCAGAUAUCCGCAUCUUCCAAUGAACAAGUCACCCGUCUUCCUCGACCAAACCUUUCCCAGCCUCAUUUCUACUCCCCCACCUGUAAAUCCCUAACUCUGGAAUGCAAACGCAGAUCCACCCGUGCACAGAAAAUCACGGGCGACCAUCCGGUUGUCCCGGCGGGUCACCAACAAGUCCCAAGCCACUGCCACAGCAAUGGAACCGUAACGCUCGGCCCACGACUGCCAUCCCACACACACACGAUUGAUAUCAGACUGAAAGUGGACAAAGGCGGGAGAGCAGGAAUCAGUAGCUCGCUUGGUCGUAGCGGAAGUGUCAAGGGCGCACGGGUAAAAUGCCCCCCUUCACAUUUGGAUCCGUUUGAGAAAAGACGUGGAGGUGAACACAAGUCACAGCGAAGUCAACAAAGUCAGCUGUCAUCCUCCGCUGGAGGAGUCCUGCAGUUUGUCCCCGCCCAAGCACAGCAGUACAAGCUCAGGGCUGAAAAGGAAAAGGAAAAUUUUCUUACCAGAACUGACCAAGAAUUUCCCUUGCUGGAUUACAAGAAUUCCAAGCUGGGCACUGUGCGUCAAAGCCAUAUAAGUCACAGUCUUCCCUUCCACCGUAAUUCCGUCCCUGUGCCCCAUGCUGCCAUCCUAAACCACCCCUCUUCCUCUCCCCCUCAGCCCGCACACGUCCCCGCCUCCUUCCAACCACUCAACGAGCCUCGUUCUUCCCGACAUAGGGAUCACCGUCCUCACAUUCUUCAUGGUCUUCCCCUCUCUCCAUGCACCUCCCAUGCAGGGGGGGGGUUCCCAAGCCCUGACCACACCUGUACCAUCGACUGCUCCCACCCGUUCGGAUGCGGUUGCUGGAGGUUGGUAAGAUGCAGAGGGUCUAAGGGCCACUCCUCUACCUGCCAAGGUGGGGGCGGUAGCUCUUCCACCUCCUUUUCCUGUGGUCACAAUGUCGGCGCAGUAAAAAAAGGAGGCAAAGAUAUGGGGCUGAAAACUCUUGGAGGGUGUCUCUCCACCGCCUCCACCUCCAACACCUCAUCAACCAACAGCACUGUGUCUGACCACCAGCCCAACAUGUUCAAACCCCUCCGCUGUGCCUCCUGCGCCAGUGAGGCUGGAACCUUUGAGAGUCCUGCUAUUCUUCGUAAAAAACUAGUGGGUGGAUGUCUUCCCUGUGCCCCGUUAUCCUCCUCUGCCCCUCUGCGGGCAAUUCAAAGCUGUGUCACAGGCUGCAAUCCCAAAGCCUCCCAGACAGGUAGCUCCACCUGUAGCUACUGUAGCAGCGACCCCAUAGUGGUAACAUUUAACCCUCGCAGGGGUAAACAACCUGCAAGAAGCCUCGGAGCGCCUCAUUCAGCGACUAUGUUUCAAGCCGACGAUGAUGACUACAGUGUGCGUACUAUCUGGCCAGAGGAACUGGCCAGAAAGAUGACCCAUUCCACAGCUCAAAAGAAUCAAUGUGGCGGCAUAGGAAUAGGAGUCGGGAAGCCCACUUCGAGCCAGAUCCAAAAUGGAAGCAACGGUACUGGGCUAGUACUCCUGGACUGUCAAAAUCUUCAAGAGUACGCACACUCUCAGCUAACAGACCACGCUGGUCGGCGGCGACUACAGCAGGGAAAGAUGGCUGCCCUGGAUUUUAUGGGCUGCAGGUCGGGAUCGGGAUAUGACGAAGGCCGGAAUUCGCUCAGGAGGCUUCUGAAUAAAGCCGACAAUGUAGGAAUGGGCGACCGUCUUGAGCACGACAGAGACGGCCCUUACCCCCGUUCACCUUCUCCCUCCUUCUCUCCUUCUCCACCAUCACCUGUUUCCUUUUCACCUCCGCCGUCCGCCCCCAGCACACUCAUCAAACCCAAACCCUGGCAGAGAGACAGGGAGGGAGGGCAUUCGCUACCAUCGGCUCAGUCCCUUCACUUGGCUCUCAACUCACUCAACAGAGAGCAAGAUGAGGAGAAGAGCAGAAUGCACCUUUCCCUGCCACUGUCAUCUUCGCUGCCAGCCUCCCUGUCCGAUGAGUCUGUGAUGACUCCCGAUGCGGAGAACGCAGUGGUCAGCCCCAUCCUUCCAUUCUUGUUCCUUGGAAACGAACGGGAUGCUCAGGACUUGGAUCUUCUGUUGCGCCUCAACAUCGGCUACGUGGUCAACGUGACGACGCACCUGCCACUCUACCACGUCAAAUCCGGACUGCGCUACAAAAGGCUGCCAGCCACAGACAACAGCAAACAAAACCUUCGACAAUACUUUGAGGAGGUCUUUGAGUUUAUUGAGGAGGCAUAUCAGAGUGGACAGGGAGUGCUGGUGCAUUGCCAGGCAGGCGUGUCCCGGUCUGCAACCAUCGUCAUCGCCUACUUAAUGAAGCACACCCUCAUGACAAUGACAGACGCCUACAAAUACGUGCGUAGCCGUCGCCCUGUGGUGUCCCCAAAUUUAAACUUCAUGGGCCAGCUUUUGGAGUUUGAGAGAGACCUCAACUCCGGGGUGACUCCUCGCAUUCUGAUGCCUAAACUUGAUGGUGUGGAGACGCAGGUGUGAGGAACAUCUCUGGCCAGGCGGGCAGGGAAUUGGCUUUACGAUUGGAAAAUGGCGACAUGUUUUGGCGGUUAGUGCACUUUUAUACUGUGAAAAAUAAGACAAACUGGUACAUGACCUCAUAUUAGUAGCUAAUUGAACUUGAUCAUCAUCCAGUACACUGUUUAUAGAUAAUGUGCCAAUAUAGAUGUAACAUUAUAUUGAGAUAUCUUUUCUUUUUAUCCUGAUGCCUCCUCCUAUGUGUCCUCCUGCAGUCCACUGUUAACAUGCCCCACUUGCAUGCAAUACCAUUUCCACUUUGAUACAACAUUAUUGCAAUGCAAUGACCAAAUUCGGUCAUCGUUUUGUCAUGUUGGGGCUCUGUCCUUUAGAUCCCCAUGGACCUAAUGCAGAUACUGAGUAGCGUUAACCUGGCAGGUACAGUACAGAAGAGACCCAUAUCGCAUACAAAACAGUCCGCUAAACUUCAUAUUUAAAACAAGUGUACAUGAUCAGGCAGUGCAGUAAUAUUUCAAGGCAGCCAUACUGCAGAUUAACAACUGGAAUAACAAUCCAAAGCUUGAAAGGUUGAUGUGUUUUUAAUGUAAAGCGACGAGACGUGUGGCAUGGCUGAUUUUCAGAUGUGGUACAUCUUCUUCAGAGUACUUCUUUUUGGUUUCUUGGUUCCUUGGAAAUGCAUAUUUAUUUCACUAACCACAACAUUAAGUACCUGCACAUGUAACAAGAUGCGAUACAAUGGUAUUCAGUCGAUAGAAUUCAAAAUAAUUUAUUCUUGUAUUGCACUGCAUUAUACUUAGAAGUUUGAGUUAUCUUCAUUUGCUGCAUCGCGGUUUCGAGGUUAACUACGUCUACAAUAAAACCUGUACAACAUUCAUUGAGUGAAAAAUAGCGGCAAAUGAGACCUUGCACCCUUAAAACAUUCAUUUCAGUGAUACCAAUUGUGCUGAUUAAACACCAAGUAAUUAAUGUUUUAUUCAUGUGGAGUCAUAAACCCAUAACUAAAGCCGAAGAUUUUGUUAGAGGCAAAACUUAAAUUAACACAUGUGAUGGUGGAGGACACGAAAAGGUAACCAAUUGUUAUUACAUUUCCAAAGUUCCUGUACUCGGUCAAUAUGAAAUGUGUAGCAGAAAUUGUGCGCAUAUUUUGCAAACAGCACAUCAAUAAUGCAAUUAAUUUUCCAGCAUGCAAUUAGAGACACUCGAUAACGAGCUUCUUGUAAAGAGCCCUGCAGGUUCAGCGGAGGUGUCAUAUUAUGACAUGAAGACAUUGACAACCAAAAGUCUCAGAUUGUGUGCAUGUGCCUAAUAAUUGUGGUCAGUGAAGACUUUCAUGGGUUAUGGUCUGAUGCCACAGUGGAUACAGUCUUUUCUGUUUUUAAUACAUUGACCAAUGUCUUGUUUGGUGACCGUUUAGACUAUUUACGUGUUCUUUCCUGACUUGAGGAGAGGAGGGGGAAAAAGAGCCAUUGAAUAAUGUUUACACUCUUUGAGGACACUCCGCAAACCAAAUCUACUUUGCUUUAAGUUCAUUUAGCUUUGGGACAAAGUCAGAAUCACAAGUUCUUUCCUCUAGAGGCGCUCCUCUUCUGCCUUAUUCUCUCUUCACUGUGGCCCUCGUGACUAUGCAUCGUUGUAUUGGGAAGGCUUUGAUAAGAAAAGGUACCUUGAUUCACUGUGAGCGCUUCUUCUGCUGUGAAGGUCGAGGCCUGAGGUCCUUUCAGCAUCCACCACCGCCUUGUAGCAAACAAACAAACGCUACUGAAACACAUGAAAAGGGUGGGGGGGGUUACAGAAGGGUAAUAAAUGCAAUCUUGUUUGGGAUAACUACAUGUGGGGCUGUAAAGCAUUUGAUGCGUACAGUCGUCCCUCGCAAUAUCGCGGUUCAAUGAUGGAUCCCUUGCUAUAUAUCGUGGUUUUGUGGUAGACUGCGCUCUAUUAUUUCUCAAAACAUAUUGAAAUAAACGUGAUGGUAGUAUUCUGGUCACUAGGUGGCAGUAAUAACACAAACAUCAAAAAUUACCUUAACACUGCAUUAAAUCAGACAAUUCUCCUCCCGUCCCGUGUGGAAGUGGUAACUUUUUUGUUUCUUAAAGGUGACCUAUUAUGCUUUAUGUUGUAUUAUCGUGUUAAUCGAUGCCAAAGUUCCAGAUAAUAAAGUAUGCACAUUUGGAAGUGAGCCCUGAAAGAAGUUUGGGAUGGCUCUGAGCGCUCAGUUAGCUGCACAAGCUGAGUGGGACCAAUCACAGCGGAGUGGGCGUGCCCGGAGGCGGGCUUUGGGUGGAAUAGGUGCAGAUUCUGCAAAGAAAGAAAUGUGUAGCUGCUCUAUAGGAGUCCACAACUCAAUACAAAGGACCAAAAAUUAGCAUAACGGGUCCCCUUUAAGUUUGGAAAAAAUAAAUCUGAGGCUAACUGAUUAGCUUGCGAGCUUGCUACAUAGCAGCUAUCUCAGGUCCCUGCAGCAUAACAAGAGUUGUGAUAGGGUGUAAACAGUGAAUAAUAGGACUUUGAAGGUGACUCUAGGGUUGUUAUUUCAUGUCUACAGGGCUCUACUAAUGUUCAAAAAAUGUGCAUAAAGUCAGAAACAGGUUUUCUAACCUGUACCUAUAAUACUAUUCCAUUGAUUAGCAUGGAAUCCGAUAUCGUGGUCGGGACUGGAACCAGUGAACCGCUAUGAACGAGGGACGACUAUACUCCACUUUGCUCAUGGGCUAUGGCAAUUAUUUUGUACAUUUUCAAACAGAUUACCACUGUUUUUGAUAACAUGUUGUCCAAAAUUGACAUUGUUUGGAGCCUGGCUGUUUUCUCUUAGUCUAAGCUAAUUUAAAUGUGACCUAAUACUAUUCAGAUCAUCGUUGCGUCCCAAUGCUGUUCUCUUAUUGAUUACAGGUCAAUUGACAACCAUUUAGGUUAAAGAGGGGUUGAUUGCUGUAACAAGAUAAUGCCAUGUGAAAGAGCACAUUCUCACAAUUCUUUUUCUGGACAUUAGGGGUGCCCUGAUCCGAUAUCAGCAAAAGAACGAAUGGACACUAGCAAAAUAAGUCAAAAUAUCAAUGAUUCCUGCUGAUAUCGGAUCAAUAUCAGUAUGGACCGAUAUUCAAGGAUGCAGUGUCGGUAUCGUAUCGGAAGUGAAUAAAUUGUAUCAGGACACCCCUACUGGACAUUUGAUGAAAGGUAAAGCACAACAAUGACAUUUUACAUCAUGAAACAUAAACCUUCAUCAUUAUGACAGCAACUUUUGUAGCCCAGGUAUCAAUCAUCUGGCGCAUCAAUAUUACACCGUGUCCAGGGUAGACUGCACCCCACUUCACAUUUGGAACUAAAUCCUGGUGGUUCUCAGGUUACGAACAACUUCCGUUCCUGGACUGAGUUUUCGUAAAUGACACCUAAAUUGUACUUGAGCUGCAACAAUGAAUCGAUUAUCAAAGUUUGAACACCCCUGGUCUAGGGCCUAACCCAGGGGUCGGCAACCUUUACUAUGAAAAGAGCCAUUUUAACCCUUGCCCACUAAAGAAAAAUAGCCUGGAGCCGCAAAACAUAGUAUGUUUAAAACAACAUUGGAGGGAAUUUGGGGGAAUCAAAGUAGUUCAGAUAAGAAAAGACGAGUUGGAGUACUCUUGCUAGUAUUGGAGAUAAACUUACAUAAAUGUACGUGUGAACUUACUUGAUUUGUUUACUCUGCCGCAAACAGGUUCCCAUGCAGCAGUUUUUUUUAAAUUAUCUCAAAUUUAUUUUUUAGAAUUGUCAAAUAGCUCUGGGAAAGUAUUACUUAUUUUCCUUCAUGUUUACCUGUGUGAGAGAGAACUGAAUAGCAUCCUGUCUGUUCAUCCAAUCACCAGUCAGAACUCGGCCAGGAUGCAUUCAUGGUCUCACACAAAGUUGAAUUACAAAGACAUGCAUUUUCCCCACUCGGGUGUUUAAAAAUCUUCAAGCAUUGCAAAGCGGCUGCACGGCGGGCGAGUGUUUAGUGCGCAGACCUCACAGCGAGGAGACCCGAGUUCAAUCCCACCCUCGGCCAUCUCUGUGUGGAGUUUGCAUGUUCUCCCUGCGCAUGCGUGGGUUUUCUCCGGGUACUCCGGUUUCCUCCCACAUUCCAAAAACAUGCUAGGUUAAUUGGCCACUCCAAAUUGUCCAUAGGUAUGAAUGUGAGUGUGAAUGGUUGUUUGUCUAUAUGUGCCCUGUGAUUGGCUGGCCACCAGUCCAGGGUGUACCCCGCCUCUCGCCCAAAGACAGCUGGGAUAGGCUCCAGCACCCCCGCGACCCUUGUGAAGAAAAGCGGUAGAAAAUGAAUGAAUGAAUGCAAAGGGAGCCACAACAAAGAGGCUGAAGAGCCACAUGCGGCUCUGGAGCUGUGGGUUGCUGACCCCUGGCCUAACCGAUUUUUCGAUUAAUCAACACAGCAAGCUUGAGACUAGGAAAUGAAUCGUUACUCGCAGCCCUAAAUGAUACCAAAACUAAAUCCUAUGUCACUCAUACAUGAAGGACAUUUUAAAUUAAACAUUUAAAAUUAACAUUAAAAUAUUGUCCCAGGCUAGUUGGAUGAAUAACCGUGCAUUCAAUCAUUUUUAAUGAUGGCCGUGACAGUCAAGCAGCUGAAACUCAUCUUUUUAUGAUAUUCAUUUUUUCACUUCUACGGUGAUGGCUUUCCUUUUCUUUCGCUCACUGACGAUAGGGAGACAUCAUGAAGCGCAGACGUUACACUUCCGCGUUUUCAAUGUAACUAGUUCUUAAGUAAGACGACAACAUUUUCAAUGGAUUUAUGGGCACGCUUUCAUAACCACGGACCUGUCGUGCUUAACUUUUCAUUUAAAUGGCUUGUGAUGAUGGCGCUCUUUCCAGAACUUCUCAAUGCAUUUUACAAAAUUACACAAUCCCAUGCAAAAAAUCCCACAAGCAAAUUGCCUUCACUUUCUUUCAUCCUCCAGUUUCCUUGUGAUGACUGUGACGUUGCGGAAUGGCUUUGUGACGUUUAUGGGUUAUGUGUAUUUCUCCACUGUUAAUGUUUCCUCUUGUUUUUACAAUCCCCUUCUGCUGUUCUUAUGUUGUUACGAGUUAUUGUUCGUCGUAGCUGGAGAGACAUCAAGCAAACAAUCUAGUCCUACCCAGUUUAGAUGGCAGUUAAAGAGAGCCUGUUGUCAUCACGCCACCAUUUUUAUAGACCGUGGUUUCAUUUCAAGUGUUGUGAACUUACUGUGAAGAUACGGAAAUAAUAUUCCCCUUGGGCCGGAGUCGCCUGCGAGCGUGUGUAAUGUUUUGCAUUUGUAAAGACUGCAUUUGCAAGCUGAUAGCGUGUUUUUGAUACCUGUGCAUUGCCUACUUGUGGAUACUUCCUGUUUGUAUUUUACUGCCACAGUUUUAACAGCACUUCAUGAAUAUGAAGCUACGGAUUAGUCACAAUGAAAAAGAAUAACGGAAGGGGGAAAAAAAAAAUCAGGAUGAUUCAAAUGCUUUGGUGUCCCCCUGAUCACUACCAGUAAAAAUCACAUGAUCCAUCCAUGAUGCCCUUAGCGUUCCACAUGUUUCACACUGUAGCAACAGUCCUGCUGUUUAGACAAUGUCUUAAACUCUUUCUAAUUCUGUCCUGCGCACUGUGACGAAUACAAUGCUGCUUUAUCACAAAGACUUCUUUGGAUGUGGCAUUCUCCUCAAAAAGAAACGACACCCUGCAGACUUUGUAGCCAUUCAACACGCUUUGAUGUGUUGCCGUGUGUUCAUCUCAGAGGGACGGCUGGAGCGACUGUACCGUCUUCCUUUAAAGAAAUGUUUUGUGGAAAGAAAAGACACCACACCAACAUAAAACAUGACAAAAUCCCUCCGCAAUGUCUUGAGUCCGAGGACGGGUGGAGGGAUGAAGGGAUGGAGGGAGUAGCAUCUUGGAUGUUAACCUGCAUUUAAACCUGACAACUGGCCUUAAAGAACAUGUUGGCAGGGAAGCCAUAUGGACACAGAUAUACACCCCACGGACACAAGUAUUGGGACGUGAGGUCACUGACGUCAGACCACGAUCUCUGUUCUUGUUCAUUCAAAGGGGUUGGUCAAGUUCUUUCACGCCAAAUUAGAACCAAUUUGAUCUCCAUUUGCGCAUGACGCGGUCCUGACGCCCUCAUCGGACUUUGGCCUUCAGUGUUUACUGCUGGGAUGCGACUCUGCACCCUGGGGCCUUCUCAGCCGGAACAGGGUGGCAGUGAGGUCUUGCACAAGGUAGAGGAGUUCAAGUAUCUGGGGUUCUUGUUCACAAGUCAGAGAAGGCGGGAACGAGAGAUUCCUCAUCUAUGAUCAUAGCUUUGUGUAGUGACUGAAAGAACAAGAAUUUGGACUCACCCCUAGAGAUACGGCGAGGAGCUUGGUCAUCCUUGAGGAGAAGCCAGCCGAGGUUGCCUCCAUGGUGAGGUGGGCCGAGAGGAGACCCUGGGGCAGAUGUCUCCCAGCUGGCCUGGGAACGUCUCUGUGGAAGACGUGGCCAAAGACUGGGAAGUCUGGGCUUCCCUUCUAAGACUGCAGCCCCUGUAACCGGGAUAAGGGGCAGAAAAUGGAUAGAUGGAUGGAACUUGGUAAUGGUAAUGGUAAUGGUUUUAUUUCAUUUGAACAUGCAUCAGAUUACAAUUGAGUGCAUCCCAUAAUCAGUUCACAGUUCUACAUGUCCAAAAGGAGUAGGAAGAAGCAAAGCUUAUUAAAUCCUACCCCUCCAUAUGGUACUUUUACAAUCACUAACUGUUACAUUUGUUCACUUCCUGCCUUUCUAAUAUAAUUUAAGUUGUUUUUUUUAUUAAUUUUUAUUUAUUUAAAAAAAAUGUAUUUAAUUCUUUUUUUUAUUUUUUGUCACGUACCAAAGUACAAGGUGAUAUGACCAUACAAUGACAUAGUAACUGUCAAUAUAGUAAUAUAUAACUUGCAGAAAUUCCCCAAAAUUUGGUCCAAAUUUAGUCCAAAGAUGAAGAAUUAGUAUUUAUGGUGACCUAAAACACCUCGUCAACGGUACUUAAAUGCAAAUAUUCAAGGUCCAUAAAGAAAUCUUUCAUUGGGUCAGAUGGUCCAUUUAUCAUAGUUGGUCAAGCCUCAAGCAAUCAGUCCAGGGUGUACCCACCUCUCGCCCAGCUGGGAUAGGCUCCAGCAUACCCCCGCAACCCUAAUUAGGGUAAGCAGCAUAGCAAACAGAUGGAUGGGCCAAGUCUCAAGUCAUAAUAUUCUUAUAUUGAAAACAAAUUCAACUUUGUAUUUAAAGCAACAACAAAACUAAAAUGAAAUAAAAUUGCCUUUCCAAUGAAAAAUGUAAACCCAGACACAAAUGCAGUUCUUAGGUGAGGUUAUCAACAUGAAACUACACACCGACAUGAUCACUGUUGGUCUAGACCAGCAACUACGCCACUUCGCCAUCUCCUCGUCAUGAGCCUUUCAAAGAUGUGCGGCGGGAGUGUGCUCUUGCACUUGCACUUGUUUUGGUUUUUUUUUUUUUUGCUGAGUCAGCUCGGUGAGAAAACAUGACGCUAGUCAACUAUUUAUCUUGUUAGCUUUCUUUGUUGCUAAUGAACAACGGCAACUGAAGCCACGAGGAGCGUCAUACUGGAACUGAGCCGAAAUUGGCUUCAAUGGAGUAGUCAAAUUUUGUGUUUUUGUGGCUCCAAGUGGGUUUUAAUUUGGCGGGAACAGGCCCAGGUGGCUGUUUUGAUGCUAAAGGUUGCCAACCCCUUAUUGACUGAACAAUUAACCAGGAGGUGUGUCUCAAUACUUUUGUCCCCAUAGUGUACCUUCAUAUCUAUAGGUGCUAGAAAAUCAGAGGCCUUUCAUUCUACGUUAGCGAUAAACUGGAUGAAGUUUAGGAUGAUAAUAAGGAAUAUUAGAACCUGGAGAUCACUUGCUAAUGUUAGAAAACAAUCAUAAGCAGUUUGUGGGUGAUGGGUACUGACGAGUAGCGCCGUGUAAUAUGCAAAUAUUGGCGUUAUACUGCCGUGUUUCAGAUUAAUGUAGCUUGCAUAUUUCACAUACUUGCAUCACGGAGUUGCUUCGGAGCAGUCGUCUUUUUAGCUUGACUUUUGUGUUAUUGUUCCUGAUCAUAUAGUCAAGCGAAGGGGCAAGAACGUGUGUGUAAACGAAACGUUGGGAGGCGUGGAGUGUCUCGACAUGACAUCAAACAAGAGCAGUGGACUGCAUCUUGCGUCCUUAAAAGGAAAAGUGCACUUUUCUUUUUGGAAUUUCGCCCAUCAUUCACAGUCUUUAUUCGAGACAUGAACACACACGUCUUUUCUGGGCAUUCUAAAGAUAUAAAAACAGCUAAAAAGAGGCAGGUAAUUAAUGCUUGUAAUGAGACGCACUCAUUAGGCCUUCAUAGCCUGCUAUUAAAACACCUCCAACAAGGUUUUCGGUCCAUCCUAUGUAGUAACAUGAUGUAAUACUUAAGUUUUGCCAUAUUUUGGUCAUUUUAAGCAUUAGCGGAACUUCCUUCAUGGGCACAUUGAUUUCACGUAGCAACAUAGAAAAACCGCUACACCUAGCAUCAAAAACACAGCAGCAGUGGCGGCGAAGUGGCCUGAGGCAUUGUGAGCGAGUGUGUGGUGAAGCUAGUAGCUAGCCGAUGUGGUGGGGCGAGGUGUCACUAUGCCAGUAAAGUAGUUCUUGGGCGUAACAAUGACAAUAAAAAUUGGAUGUAUCUUGCUUAUAGUAUGUAAUAUGCAGGUCACUUUAUGUUGAGCAUUGUUCAGAAUAUGUGCUGCCUCUUUUUAGCUAUUUUUAUAUCUUUCAAAUGCACAGAAAAGAGAAAGACGUGUGUUCAUGUCUCACAUAAGGAUUGUGGAUGAUGGGCGAAAUUCCUAAAAAAGUGCUCUUUGUCUUAUGUGUCUUCAGCAGCCAGAAUUUAAGUGGCACCAAUGAGUUCUCUCCCAGCCCCCUUUUUUAUCUGAAUUCAAUUGUGUAACCAUAAUAGGAUCCUAAAAUUGUGCAGUGCAAAAACCUGAUGGAUGGAUUGUGAAGUUGUUCUCUUGUUCAUUUCCGGUGAACACUCUGGAACUUUUUUUUUAGUAAUAAUAAAAAAUGGAAAUACAGAUGAUUUUGUGUUAUUUGUGUGUUUACUCCGAAGACGUCCGAAGAUGCACAAUUAAAUUUGUGACAAUCAAGCAAAGACCAACACUUUGCUGAGCACCCGAAACAAGCGUGUCCUAUGACCCAACAUUCACUGCAAGUCGACUAUUGAACCGUUCCAUCAAUACAAACAGCCAAUUGUAAUUGAUCAUUCUGAUCAUCAUCCCACCCACAAUUGCUUUCUCCAGCAUUGCGUAACGCUUGGUUU